AUGUAUUGCAAUUUUUUCUACCUUUUAACGUGCAUUGCUCCCUUAGUCAAGGGCACCGAUAGGGUCCUAUUCUUUGCCCUCGGCUUCCUCUCCCAACUCGAUCAGCAAUUGGAAGUCGGCACGUUUCCCAAGGAAGAAGAAUCCAAGCUUUACAGAGAUAUUGCCUGCGGGCUGCUCAGUCGACUGGACGUCUCCACCUUUAACAACCCUGCUCACCCAUCCGUCGCAGGCUUCAGCCAGACGCUUGCGGCGAUUUUCUACGCCUACAUCGGCAACUACCUCGGCCUGAAGCCCAGCUCGGCCACCAGCAAUAUCGUCUGUCCCACGAUACAAUCCUGUUGCGGCAACUGCUACGAUGUCAACAGGUUCCCCCGCGACCCCGUCAGCCGGGUAUGGGUACAGCCCAUGAGCAAAAAGCGUCGCGCGCAUAUCCAUCAGAAGCUCGACCAGGCGCGCGUGGACUGCAUUCAUGAAACGGACCAUUCUCGCUGGACCAACCCCAAGUUGGUGGUGACCAAGACCUUUGCCCAGGUGGGGGAUUCCCAGCUCGCGUGGCAGCAGAGGAAACUCGAGGCCAGUAAGCAGAUCCAGAGCUUUGAUCAGGUGCGUCUCACAGUCCUGCUUCUAGAUGACUACGAGAAUAUCGUGCGCAUGCGCGCGCUGGAUGUCCCGUCUGAGCAGCCUGUGGCAUCGAGAUCUGAGUCUACCCCUACAUCGCUGAGCCAGCAGUAUCAGCCGGGCUUUCACAACUUUCCGCCCGCACCCAACGUGCCAUCGCUAGCUGGGAUGAAGAGGACAGCGGAGGAGGCGGACUUCGUAGAUCUGACGUUGGAUGAUUGA